AUGGCCCUGCCAACAGAGCUUAUUUACCAAAUCAUUCGCGACAUUAUCAACACACCCGCAGUCUUCAUCUUCGACAUCGAUUUUGGCAAAGAUCCCCAUCCACCACUCCUCCCACAGAGCUGCCAUAUCCGUUUCCGACCUGUCGGCAUCACUGUACCCACCGUGGGCCCGGACGCCAUCGUGCGCUUUAACCCGCGGCAGCACAUCAUUUGCCUGCACCGAACCGGGUCCACUAUAAAUCAAAUCCAUGCAACCCCUGGACCUCCUUCCAGUGCAAGCUAUUUCAGAUCAUGGGUCAAGAGAGAUUCCGACCUGUUGACCGAUCUCAACUUCGACAUCGUCCAUCUCGCCUUCAUGAAUGGCUUAUAUAAUCUUUCUUGGCCAAAAUACUUCAUCACUCUCCACGAAAUCUUCCCCAGCCUACAGUGCGUAUACGGCGCAGUCGUUGAGUUGCCUCGGAAGCACCCUUCAGAACCGGUCGGUCUCGUCCGGCCUGUCCGCGACCCAGCCCAUACACUGUCACCUGUUUUCAUGUUUAUGACAAGGCGCGCCUGGCAGAUUGCGUGGCGAAGUUACUCCCGAGAUAUCUUGAGAUUGACGGGGGGGUGGACAGGUGCUCAUCAGGCUCCGCUUUUGGCUCUGGUCCGGAACUAUGAGGAGCUUGUCCUCAUUUGA